GAAUUAGUUGAAAACUCCCGCUUCCCACUGAAGGCCCUGAGUAACCAGUGCCAUCCGAGUGUUGAAGCGCUGGAGUUAAAUGUCCCUGAGCCCUUGGAGCCCCAAGAUGAGUCUGCAAAGGAACUCUUCCCCUGGCUGUCCUUCCUAAAUUCAGUUGGUCCCUUCCCUAUCCAAUAUCCGCGCUGGACACGGAUCGAAUACAACAUCCGCCUCUGCCUAGCAGGUCUGAAGCAUGUUGAUAGGUCAGUUUCUGUAAAUGAAGUCGAAUUGCGGUGUGCUUGUAUAUUUAUCACGCAGGAUACCUAG